UGGUAGAUUUAAGGAGAAAAGUGUUGACUUAAAAGCAAAAAAACCUGUGAUAAUGUGGUGGAACUUUAGUGGUGAAAAUAUACAAAUACAGUGAAAUAAAUAUGAGGAACAGUGACAAAGGUGCUGAAUGGGAGAAGGAGAAAUUGGACCCUAAUGGAUGGGCCCCGACUGUGUCCAGUCAGCAGCAGCUGAACGUGGUCCGACGGGUGUACCAGCAGGAGACACUCAACAAAGAUGCUGACUACAGGAUACCUGACAGACCGCUCGGCGAGCGGUGUAAAAAAUUCGUGCGCAACUGUGGUUUCGGUGAUUGCAUCGUCAAUUCCGUCCCACUGGUGCGAUGGCUGCCCAAGUACAGUUUCCACAAAUACGCGAUAGGCGACCUGGUGGCUGGGGCCACUACGGCCGUCAUGCAUAUACCACAAGGUAUGGCGUACGCACUCCUGGCGGAGGUGCCUCCAAUAGUGGGGCUGUACAUGGCAUUCUUCCCGGUGCUGAUCUACGUAAUACUAGGAACAUCCCCUCAUGUGUCCAUGGGCACAUUCGCCGUAGCUUGUCUUAUGGCGGGAAAGGUUGUGACACAACACGCAACUCCAGCUUCAGAGUUCAUACAUCCAAACGCUACAAAUCCAUUAUUAGUAGAGGGAUUAGCAGGACCAGUACAAUAUACGCCGUUACAAGUGUUAAGUGUAGUUUGCUUUUGCGUCGGAAUAUUUCAAAUAAUAAUGUGGAUACUGCGACUAGGGGCGGUAUCCACGCUACUAUCGGAGCCCCUAGUGUCAGGGUUCACAACGGCCGCCUCGUUCCACGUGCUCGCGUCUCAGCUGAAGGAUCUCUUCGGAGUCAAGCUCAUCAAGUUGUCUGGGAACUAUAAAGUUCUUUUUACAUUUAUAGAAGUGUGCAAGAACUUGCCGAAUCUGAACUGGGGCGCGUUUGUGAUAUCCUUCAUAACUUGCCUCAUCAUUGCCCUAAACAACGAAAGGCUUAAGCCAUGGGUAAGCAAGCGGUCCCGCGUGCCCGUGCCCAUAGAGUUACUGGCCAUAGUCAUCGGCACUCUCGCGUCAAGGUAUGGACAUCUGCGGGAACAGUAUGGCAUCAGCCUCGUUGGAGAAAUACCUACUGGUCUGCCGGUCCCCCAAGUCCCCCCAAUGGCGUUACUCCCCGAGGUGGCGGUAGACGCGUUCACCAUCACGAUGGUGACGUACACCAUAUCCAUGUCCAUGGCGCUCAUCUUCGCAGCCAAAGACAAGUACGAGAUCGAUGCUAACCAGGAACUAUUGGCGCUGGGCUCAAGUAACGUGUUCGCUUCAUUCUUCUGCUGUGCUCCAUUCUGCGCCAGUUUGUCCAGAUCAUACAUACAAUAUCAGGCAGGCAGCAAAACAGGCAUUACCUCAGUAGUAAGCGCAGUAUUGAUCCUAUUCGUCCUCCUGUGGAUCGGACCAUUCUUCGAGCAACUCCCCCGAUGUGUGCUUGCGUCCAUCAUCGUCGUGUCGCUUAAAGGCAUGUUUAUGCAGGUCAAGGAGUUGGAUAAGUUCUGGAGGCUAAGUAAACUGGACGCCAUGGUAUGGCUCGUGACCUUCCUUGUCACUAUCUGCAUUAACAUUGAUAUCGGUUUGGGCGCGGGUCUGCUAGCCAGUAUAGGAGCGUUAUUCAUUCGCUCUCAGAAUCCUUACACCUGCCUGCUGGGGAAGGUGUUGGACACAGACCUUUAUCUAGACACGAGGAGAUACAGAGCUGCUGAAGAGUUGCCAGGCAUCAAAAUCUUCCACUACUGCGGCGGCCUGAACUUCGCCACUAAGAACCUGUUUAGAGACAAGCUAUUCCGCAAAGUCGGCUACCUCAAGCCGACCGAGGUGGCUCAUGAUGAAGACAACAACCUUACUAAGAGCGAGUCUUAUGAGUGGGAUCCUAAUAUUAGUCAUAGGGUACAAUGUGUGAUAAUAGACAUGACGGCAUUAUCGUACGUGGACGGGCCGGGAAUCAAGUGUUUGGUCGCGGUACAGAAGGAGCUCGUCGCCAGCCAUAUCACUGUGCUACUGGCUGGAGCUAAUGGUCCAGUCCUAGAAAUGAUAGACAGGUACAACUCCUUAGAGACAGACAUACUUCAAAUGGAAACAUUUCCCACAGUCCACGACGCUGUAGUUUUCUACAAAUACUUAGAAUCUAAGAAACACGUGGUCACGGUGACCACGUGAGACCAAACCAUCCCCUAUGGGGGGUAAGCCAAAUAACAUGGCCUUAUGUAAGGUCGCAUAGCUCAAUCAAUAUACCUAACGUAAUUUUUUACACUUCUAUUUUUGUACUGCCCUGAAUUUUGAUAACUGGUCUUUUUGUCCAAAACAAUAUUUUGGAACAGUAUGCCCAGUAUACCCGUACUAAUUUCAAUAUCGUAAAAGCCACAAGUGUCACUAUUUUCUUUUAAACCGACUUUAAAAAAGGAGGUGGUUUUCAAUUAGACCGCGAAUAUGUUUUUCCUAAAUAAGUUCAAAAACAAACCGUAAUUUUUAGUCAUUCUUCACAUACUUUUAUACUGAGAUAUACUUGGCAUACUGUACUGAUUAAAGUUUUAAUAUCCAGUCAUAGCCCUUACAGUUGUAAGAAUUUCGUUCCUAUAAAAACGUAAACUGUUUUAAACAGUAUUAAUUUAUUUUUACAAGCUACAUGCAGGGUUAAAAUAAAAUUCAUUUUGUAACUUACUACACUGAACUUGGCUCAGAUGUAUUAUACCUAUUUAAAGUUUCAGUACUUUGAACAAUUAAUUUGAUUAAUCAUAUCUUCGUGUAAAUGUUGAUUUGAGUGUCAGAAAGUUCAAUAAUGUCGGCCAAAUAAUAAUUAUAUUCAAUACCCAGCUUACAUUACUUUUCACUAAAUACCCCUUAAAAUGUGCUAAAUUUCUCAGUUAAUUGUUUUAAGUGUACAGAUAUAAAAUGAUGUUUAAAAUACGUAAUAAAAAUAGGUACUAUUUAGUGAAAAGUGAUGCAAGUGUGCCUUAAAAUAAUUAUCGCUAAAUAUAAUUAAAACAUUUUAUCUCUACCAACGUUAAACGAUUGAUAGAAAUAGAAUGUUUAUAUUAUAUUUAGCGAUCGUUUUAUUUAUGUAAUAAAUAAGCAAUUGAGCCUUAUUAAAAUACUUAUGAUGCGUUCCACCAUUUAACUAUAACGAUAACCGAACAUUUUGCGUUGUCAAAAUGAUUUGACCAAUGAGCGGCAAGUAUACGGCUGGUUAUAGUUUGGUUAUCGUUAUAGUUAAAUGGUGCAACCCACCCUUAAAUGAGUGAAUAAUUUAGUGAAAUAUGAAGUACUUAAAGGUACUUAAUCGCUUUAAAGAUUUUAAGUUAUUAAUUUAAGAAAAGCUUAUGUGGAUCAAUAUUUUGUUGCUAUUGUUUAUCAAGCCUUAUAAUUUUUAAUGUACAAUUUCUAGUGUCAUAAUUUAAUUGUAAUCUUCGAAAUACUUGUGGAAAACUGUACACAAUUGUUAACGAAAGUAGAAAAAAAUCUUUUUUUGCAAUUAUAAGGCUAUAUAGAAAACCAGUGUAAAUAAAAUAUAAAAAUAUUAACCAAAUACCUGUAUUUCUGAUAUUGUUGAUAAAUGUGUGCAGUUUUCAGCUAGAAGGUAAAUGUAUUUAUUUCUAAAUCUGUUGUGAUAUUUAGUACCUAAUGUGAUUGUACAGAAUGUACUUAGUAUAAAUAAAAUGUUGAAUAUAUUUUAA